UGCACAUAAUUACAAAUGCAACACGUGAUUGUUGCCAGAUUGUAUUUCCAGGCUGUGCGGUUGCUUGUGUAUGUGUGUUGAUUUUACGCUCUGGGGAGAGAGACAGCGGACACAUCUGUGACUUUGUCCAAUGUAACCGACUUUUCCGAUGCCGCCACGUCUGGGUUUUUUUUUUUUUUUGUGCUUCUUCUAAAUUUGUCCUCCCAACACACACGCUCUCCCUGCUAGAUUCUUCAUUUGUUAUUUGGAUGCGUUCCGAUGUUGCUGUUAUUUUCUUCACGCUUCAACUCUCCUUGUCUCGUCUCAAUUCAUUACCCUCCUCCCUUUUCUUCCCACCCCUCCUUAAUCUAGCGUAUGUAGUAGCCCUCCUCUGCUCCUCCCCCCCGUCCAUCAUUCCUUCACUCACUGGCCCAAUUAAGCAUGGGGAGGGGACACAACGGGAGUAGACGUAAGGUGAGGAAGAGGCGGAGGACAGACAAACGAGUGAAGACAGUUUGAGAGUCAGUAUCUGGAAGAGCAAACAACUGCCGCCAUCACUUUCAGGACACACACACACACACACACAGUGAAUUGUGUGAACUUCACCUGGAGCUUAAACAACCUCUGACAGCCUCUGAGGUGGCAGCUGUGGGGGCAGAGCGGCGAGUAGACAGUCCUGCUCACAUUCUCGAUGAGGGAACGCAGGGAAUAACAAUCCAGCUUCUGUGAUGAGGAUGCUGUGUAGUCUCGGGAUGGCUGGAGAGAUACGGCACAUGGAGGGAGACUGAAGAGUUGAAGACAUCUGUGAUUGGUGGGGCGCUGGUGCAAGAUUUUUUGACUGGCAGAAUCAGAGAGAGAGGAGGAUAAGGGGAAGAAAGAAAAAAAAAGGAUGCAACUGUUCUUCCGAGAAAAGUGGGAGGUGGAGGGGCUGCAGACUGUGGGCAUCCUCUUGGUGGUGUGCAGCUCCCUCAAACUGAUGCACUUUUUGGGGCUCAUCGACCUUACCACGGCAGGUAAGACUAAUGACAGCUUAGAAGAUGACUUUGAACUCUCCACUGUGUGUCAUCGGCCCGAAAGCAUGGACAAGCUGGAAGAGCAAACAAAGUUCACCAAAAAGGAGCUGCAAGUUCUCUACAGGGGCUUCAAGAAUGAGUGUCCGAGCGGUGUGGUGAAUGAGGAGAAUUUUAAGAGCAUCUACUCCCAGUUCUUUCCUCAGGGAGAUUCCAGUAUGUAUGCGCACUUCCUGUUUGAAGCCUUCGACACCGACAAGAACGGCUCUGUUAGUUUUGAGGACUUUGUGUUCGGCCUGUCAAUCAUUCUGAGGGGGACCAUUAAUGACCGGUUAAACUGGGCCUUUAACCUCUAUGACCUGAACAAGGACGGCUGCAUCACCAAAGAGGAGAUGCUGGAUAUCAUGAAGUCCAUCUACGACAUGAUGGGGAAGUACACGUACCCCACUAUGCAGGAUGAUGCACCAAGAGAGCAUGUGGAGAGCUUCUUCCAGAAAAUGGACCGAAAUCAAGAUGGUGUGGUUACUAUAGAGGAGUUUAUCGAGUCGUGUAAAAAGGAUGAGAACAUCAUGCAGUCCAUGCAGUUAUUUGACAAUGUCAUCUAAAGAAGAGGCUCAGGGAGGGUGCUGGUCCCGGGAAGCAGGGGGGGUUGAAGGUAUCAGAGUUAGUGUGUGCGUAUUUGUGUGUGCGUGUGGACCUUCUCCGGAUUGGAAGCGAGAGGGAAGCGACAGCAACCCCCCCCCAAGGUGAAGCAACAGUGGAAGACUCUUCCUCGUCUGUGGAGGAACACUGGAAAAGAAGGCAAGCAGCAGGCUCACAGACACGAGCACAAGCCCCCCCCCCUCCAUUCACCUCUUUUAUUUUCUUCUCCUUCCGGAUGGGCCUCUAAGACCUCUAGAUCCAUGUGAAUCUGAUCCAGACUUUGUGCAUGUGGCACUGCUGUGAAACGCACGCUGCGGCCGACGAGAAGGACAUUUCUGACAAUUGGGGGGCUCAAACAUGAACUGAUUUCAGUAUCGCAUGAUGAUGUCACUUAUAACGUUAUUUAGCGAGGCGCUCCAAAGUCUGCGUGUCCGUCUGCUGUUUCCCGGUCAUCCACAGGUGCCUCACCCUUUGUGUGCGUGCAUGUGCAACAGGAAUGACUUUCAUCAUGCAUAUGGAAGAUGAGACUGGGAAUAUCACCCCCCCUGUCCCCCCCUUUUUCUGUCAUCAUAGGAUUCUGAUUCUUCCAAACUAUUACAGUCGGUCCCAGUUGUUCUAGCCUUUACAAAUAAGCAGGAGUAGACAGCCAGGCUGUGUUUGUCAACUUGUUGUGAUCACAAGAGUCAUGUCGUCAUAGCAGGUUUUACAUUUUUUACAUGAAAAUUUAACUAAAACAUUUUCUUUGCAACAAAUUAGCAGGUUUUCAGAGUGUGAGGUGCAGCAGCUUGAGAAAAAUAAAGUGGAACCUCCAAAGUGAAACGCCAUAAAACCCAAAUUUGGAGCGGAAAAAUAAAAUAUAUCUCAUAUCACUCGACACUUUAGGUUUUAUUUCUCCUUUUUCCAAAUUUGUGUUUCCACCACAGAAAUGUGUGAUAACCAUAGACUCAAAAAAUGGAACUACAACAAGUGUCAGGCUGCUCAGUGCAAUAAUAUAAUUAAAUCAAUAAUUUACAAUAUUUUUUUGCUGUACAACACAUUCAUUUUAGCAAUACUAUUAAAUGAUACUAGAUGAAAGUAUUACUCCGCAACUACCUUCCUUCUGCUUUACUGUAUUGGCAUUUUUAAAUGGUGAGUAUCCAGCCAUCCAUUUUCUAUGCCACUUAUCCAAACUGUAUUUUUACUUUAUUUUAGUUUUAUUAAAUACAGAAUGUAACCUACUGUUAUUAUACUAGUAUGACAGUUAAAUUGUAUAAUUAUGAGUCUGGAAAAAAUUACAUUAUUUCCUAUGGGAAUAUAUGUAGUGUUGAAAUUGUUUGACUUUGGAGGUUUGACUAUCUUUACAGAUUAAAUGCAAAUGGUUGAAGUAGGGAAGGCUGGCUUGCUGUCACACUUUAAAAAUCCCUGAUUUAGGCUAAAUUUACAAUGUAAUUCCAUUUUUUUUUAAAAAAAGUAAUUGUGUGUGUGUGUGUAAUGUUAAAAGUCAUAUCUUCCCUUUUUCUCUGUUACACCAAAGAAGAAACAUUUGGCCUGUCUAUUAUAGGAAUAAAGAAAUGUGUUGUAAAUUGGCAAGGACCAAUCAGAACACCUUCUUCCUCACCUCAUUCAUUUUUUUAAGACUUAAUGUUAAGAGAUUACAUCAAAGUGCAUGAGGAAUUUGCUUUCCCCCCCCCCAAAUGAAUUACUGUACACAAGUAGACAGCAAUAAUCACUUCCCACUCCUUUCUGUGAGAACAUGAUAGAAUCAUAAUAAUCCAUUUUUAUUCUAUUUACAUCUGAUUGCUCCUCGCCAGUCUUCAGCUCCCACAAGUCAGGCCCUUUUAUUCCCCCGCAUGUAAUCUGUCUAGAGUACUGACAACUAACCUGUUGUUCCGACUUCUGUUAGCGAGCCUCUUAACUAGUUACAUUACAUAAUGAAAAUAUGUAUAUUUUGUACAGAGAUAAUAAAAUCAGUUACUAUGCAUACUGACUGUACAUGAU